AAGUAAAUAAAAGGGUCAAGAUGGCAUCUCCUGUUACCAUCGAACCUCGUAUAAAUAGCCAAAAACCUUCUAAUAGUGCCUUUAAGCAGCAAAAGCUUCCAGCAUGGCAACCUAUACUUACAGCGGGCACCGUUUUGCCGACAUUUUUCAUUAUUGGACUUGCAUUUAUUCCAAUUGGCAUAGGAUUAUUGGUGUCAUCAAAUCAGGUUCAGGAAGAGCAAAUUGAGUAUACUUACUGCAAUAAUUCUAAUGGCGUUACAUGUGAUACAUUAGUAGAUGAUGAAAAUGUAAACUGCACAUGUGUCCUACCGUUUACACUUGGUGAUUCUUUCAAAAAAGACGUAUUCAUGUACUAUGGGCUUACAAACUACUAUCAAAACCACAGACGGUAUGUCAAAUCAAGGGAUGAUGCCCAACUUUUAGGUGACCUCACUAAAGAGCCAUCUACUGACUGUCAACCCUACGAUAUCAACGAGUUCACCAACAAAACUAUAGCACCAUGUGGAGCAAUUGCUAAUAGCAUGUUCAAUGAUAAAAUAUCUUUGUAUUUUAUGAAGCAAGGUGCUUCAGAUGUACAGAAAAUACCAGUUCCGUUGCUGAGGACCGAUAUUGCUUGGAAAACCGACAAAAGUGUUAAAUUUCAAAAUCCACGUGGUGCUGAUUUGAAGACUGCCUUCAGUCAUACAAGUAGACCCAUCAACUGGUCGGUUGAAGUCUACAAUUUGGAUCCACAAGAUCCUUCUAACAAUGGUUUCCAAAAUGAAGAUCUUAUUGUUUGGAUGAGAACUGCAGCCUUACCCACCUUUCGAAAAUUGUACAGGCGCAUCGAUCAUAGUGCUGAAUUGUUUACUUCCGGAUUGCCGGCUGGAAAAUAUGAGCUGGAAAUAUUGUAUAAAUAUAAAGUGACUCCAUUUAAGGGAACAAAAAGAGUUAUAUUGUCCAACACUUCUUGGCUUGGUGGUAAAAAUCCGUUUCUUGGGAUUGCCUACAUUGUAGUUGGAUGCAUAUGCUUAUUGAUGGCUGUGAUUUUUCUCAUCAUACACUUUAAAUACGGCAAAAGUACUCAUGAUUUGGUAAACAUAUCACAGAGGACCCCAUAUUAAGGAGAGUGAUGAAAAUGUUUGUCAACAUUCCAUAUCAUAAAAGAGAAAAUAUUGCAUCAUGUAUGCAUAAUUGUUUGUGCAAUUCAAGAUUUUUUCAUGCUGUUGUGCGUGAAAAUCAUAAUACAUAAGUAUUUGAAACGUUAAUGUAUUAUGUAAUUGUUUACAUUUGUACAUAGACUUUAUUUUGUGCUUUUAAUGUUUGUUAUUCUUAGAUAUAAAGCUUUAAAUUUUUACUUAAUAAGUUAAUUGAAUGUUUUUAAAAUGAGUAAUGUACAUCUGAAAAAAAAAAUGUUACCUACAAAACUGCAGUUGAAUAUUAUUGCAAAUGUUUACAUUUGUUGUCUUUAUCAAGUUGUCUUUAAGUACCUACCUCUACAAGAAUCCCUUAAAAUGUGUGAUCUUGCAUUUUCUCCAACAUUCAUGUUAGGUAUUUCCUUGCAAAUUUGUAGAAUUUAAUUUGAUCUUGUGUGCACUGUGUGUAUAUGUUCAUUGCAUGAUUUAUCUUUUACUAGUCAAUAAUAUGUUUUAAACUAAGAACUGUACAAAUGAUUACGUUUUCUUAAUUGGUUUUCUAAGUAUUUCUAAUGACAUUGAAGCAAAGAGAGAAUCUAAAAUAUGCUACUGUCUUCCUAUUGGCACUGUUUAAUAUAUUGCAUUUGCUGAAACCUAUUUUUAAUGACUGUUGCACACUGUUUCAAAUUAGUGCCCCCCCCCCUAGAUUCUGUCUUGGCAAAUGUGCUAUUAUCUUAAUUUCUAAAUAGUUGAUUAUUUGAUUAAUUUUAAUUUAUUUGAUUCAUUUAAAACUCACCUCUUUUGUUUCAUUGUAUAUUUUUCAAUGCUACUGAUAAAUAGUUCUCUUCAGCAUUAAGUACCAAAAGUAUUAUGCUUAGAUUUGCCACUAAAAGUUAUUUUAACUUUUCUAAAUUCAACUAGUAUUUUUAAAAUUAGUAGUUGCCUUAAAAAAUCAAAAUCAAUUUAUUACAUAUUUCUUAUUAAGUCUUUCAGUAUGAAAAUGUGUGUUUCCACUGGCAUAUAACAUGCUACAUGUGUUGUGUACUGCCAUUAAAAAUGCCUUAAGAGUGGUGUAUUUGCCUUAAAAAUGUAUGUGAUUAGUGUCAUUGAUUUUAAAAAAGUGAUGACUUUCGGCUUCUAUAUUUGUAAUCCAUCUGUUCCUUUCAAUUCUGAAUGUGACAUACUGACUUCAAAAAGAAAGCACAUUUAUGUGUAUAUAGACCAAUA